AACAACACAUCGCAGCCGACUGUCAUUUGGCAUCAACACCCAACGACGAACCAACCCCAUCGAAACUGUCAAAAUGGACCCCUACUCUGCCGAAGGCGAAUUAAUCAACAUCCACAACCACUUUCACCAGGGCCAAUACCAGGAGGUUAUCGACUACGACACCUCCGCUCUGUCCCCCGAGAAUGAGCUCCCUGCCCGCGUCCUAGUCCUCCGCGCCCGCAUUGCCCUUGGCCAAACCGAGGAUGUCCUCGCCGAUGUCCAGGGAGAGAAGGAGCCUGAGCUGGUCGCCAUUGGCGCCCUUGCUGAGAGCGCACUCGGCAAGACGGAUUCCGCUGUGAAGACGAUUGAGAAGCUUGCGGCUUCCGAGGGAGAGAACACCACGGUUCAGAUUGUUGGAGGCACAGUUCUGCAAGCUGCAGGCAAGUCAGAGGAGGCACUUGCGCUGUUGUCGCAGCACCAGGGAAGCCUUGAUGCUGUCGCCCUGAUUGUCCAGAUUCACCUGCAACAAAACCGCAACGACCUCGCUCUCAAGGAGGUAACCGCCGCCAGGAGAUGGGCACAAGAUAGCUUGCUGGUCAACUUGGCCGAGUCGUGGGUUGGCCUGCGACAGGGCGGAGACAAGUACCAGCAGGCAUUCUACGUGUUCGAGGAGCUUGCGCAAGCGCCGGCGACAUCGUCUAUCGCGACUCUCGUCUCCCAAGCCGUUGCCGAGCUGCACCUUGGUCGAACAGAGGAGGCACAGGCUGCAUUGGAUCAGGCUCUCGCUAAGGACGCCAGCUAUGCGCAGGCCAUCGCCAACUUGCUGGUGUUGACGGUCAUCUCGGGCAAGGACUCCAAGGAGAUCACAGAAAAAUUGAAGGCAGCGGACCCCCAGCAUCAAUUCCUCGCGGACCUGGAGGAGAAGAGUGCGCUUUUCGACAAGGCGGCGACCAAGUACAGCGCCAAAGUGUCGGCAUAGGCUAUGGGGUGGAUGUUCUGCUGCUGAUACGGCAUAAUGUUAGGCGUACGGUUUAGAGGAACUCAAAUGGAUACAACGGUUCGGAAAAGCGCAACGAGACCACGCCCAAAUUACUACUUUCCACUUGCUACCACAGAUGCACCCACUCGCUCGUCUUUGUUUGACCGAGGGGUCGAAUCUGUGC